AUGAGCGGGAACAAGUCUCAGCAACUAGUACAGGAGAUGUACAAGAACUUAAUUGAGAACAUGGCUAUGGACGCGAGAUUGAAUGAUGAGUUUAUGCCGCCCUACGCUGCUGAAAUCCUGGCAAAGAUCAGUCCACGCUCUAGGAAAACAUAUGACGGUUCAGCUAUUUUCAUCCCCGAUGCCAUCGAGGGCGCCCGUGUGCUGGACAUUGGCUGUGGAGGUGGAAGUCUGUCUUUUGUUUUGUCCAAGCUCGUUGGUCCAGCUGGAUACGUUGUUGGAGUCGAUCUUUCUGAAAAAUUCAUACAACUGUGCCAAGAAGAGACAGCCUACCACAUGAAAGAAUGGGGCUACAGUAAACCCAACUGUGAAUUUAUAUGCUCGGAUGUUAAGAGGUUACUCGACCUUCAACUUGAGCCCUUUGAUGUGAUCGUGUAA